UACAUUUAAAAUGUUUUAAAUGUCUCAAGAUUAUAUCUUCUAGGGUUACGCAGCUAAAUCACCAUCCGUCAUUUCCCAAACAACUCCACUGUUCCACUACGUUAGAUCAGUAGGAGCAAGAAAUCCAGUCACAACGUCGGAAAAACACUAGAAUUACAACAAAAACAGACUCAUCGACGGCAGCCGCGCUCUAGCCUGCCCUAGCCAUGACGCCGGAGGAAGUAGAGCGGAAGCUCAAGAAAGAAGAGAAGGCUAGAGAGAAAGAAGCCAAGAAGCAAAAAGCAGCUGAGAAAGCUGCUAAAUUCAAGGAACCACAAGAGUCUAGCAAGAAGAAGAAGAAUGCCAGCGCCAGGCGAGACGCCUCGACCGAUGAGAAUCAGGAGGAUUACAUUGACCCUCACACUCCUUUAGGGGAGAAGAAAAAACUUUCGGCUCAAAUGGCCAAGCAAUACUCUCCGAAUUCCGUGGAGAAGUCAUGGUAUGAUUGGUGGGCGAAAUCUGAUUACUUUAAAGCUGAUGCAAAGAGCUCUAAACCGCCAUUUACUAUUGUUCUUCCACCUCCAAAUGUGACUGGGGCCUUACACAUAGGCCAUGCUCUCACUGCUGCUGUAGAGGAUACAAUUAUUCGAUGGAAGCGAAUGUCUGGAUAUAAUACCUUGUGGAUACCUGGUGUCGACCAUGCUGGGAUAGCAACACAGGUGGUUGUGGAGAAGAAGUUAAUGCGUGAACGUGGUUUAACCAGACAUGACGUUGGUCGUGAGAAUUUUGUUGCUGAAGUUUGGAAAUGGAAAGAGGAGUAUGGGGGCACCAUACUUGGACAGUUGAGAAGGUUAGGUGCCUCUCUUGAUUGGUCUCGUGAGUGUUUUACAAUGGAUGAGCAAAGAUCAAAGGCUGUGAUAGAGGAAUUUGUCAGGUUAUACAAGGAAGGUCUCAUCUAUAGGGAUCUUCGAUUGGUGAAUUGGGAUUGCACAUUACGAACCGCUAUAUCUGAAAUUGAGGUGGAUUAUACUGACAUCAAAGAAAGGACACUGUUGAAGGUUCCUGGGUAUGAAAAGCCUGUGGAAUUUGGCCUUUUAACCUCAUUUGCUUACCCUCUGGAGGGAGGAUUAGGUGAAAUUGUUGUUGCCACUACUAGAAUAGAAACAAUGCUUGGUGAUACUGCUAUUGCUGUACAUCCUGAUGACAAAAGGUACAGUCAUCUGCAUGGAAAAUUUGCAAUUCAUCCAUUUAAUGGUAGAAAACUCCCAAUAGUUUGCGAUGCGGUUCUUGUUGAUCCCAAUUUUGGGACUGGUGCUGUCAAGAUCACUCCAGCACAUGACCCAAAUGAUUUCGAGGUUGGGAAACGACACAAUCUUGAAUUUAUCAAUAUCUUUACUGAUGACGGUAAGAUUAAUAGUAAUGGUGGUUCUAAUUUCACUGGGAUGCCACGUUUUAAGGCCCGUGAAGAAGUGACCAAAGCAUUGCAGGAAAAGGAUUUAUAUAGGGGUGCUAAAAACAAUGAGAUGCGACUUGGCUGUUGUUCAAGAAGUAAUGAUGUCAUAGAGCCAAUGAUAAAGCCCCAAUGGUAUGUUGACUGCAGUACUAUAGCAAAACAGGCUCUUGAUGCAGCUAUUGAUGGCGAGAAUCCAAAGCUUGAAUUCAUUCCAAAACAAUAUUUGGCCGAAUGGAAAAGGUGGCUUGAGAAUAUACGUGAUUGGUGCAUAUCGAGGCAGCUCUGGUGGGGUCACCAAAUUCCUGCAUGGUAUGUUACACUAGAUGAUGAUGAAUUGAAGGAACUCGGUGCCUACAAGGAUCAUUGGGUAGUUGGUAGAGAUGAGAAAGAGGCUCUAGCGGAGGCCAGCUUGAGAUUUUCUGGAAAAAAGUUUAAGAUGAUUCAAGAUCCUGAUGUUCUUGACACCUGGUUUUCUUCUGGUCUAUUUCCGUUGUCUGUACUGGGUUGGCCAGAUGAUACUGAGGACUUGAAAACAUUUUACCCAACUUCUGUACUUGAAACUGGGCAUGACAUUCUAUUUUUCUGGGUUGCUCGGAUGGUGAUGUUAGGAAUUACACUGGGAGGUGAUGUGCCAUUUAGGAAGGUUUAUUUACAUCCAAUGAUUCGCGAUGCACAUGGCCGUAAGAUGUCCAAGUCCUUGGGAAAUGUUAUCGACCCUCUUGAAGUGAUAAAUGGGAUAACCCUUGAAGGCCUUCACAAGAGACUGGGGGAAGGUAACUUGGAUCCAAAUGAGCUUGCUGUUGCAAAAGACGGACAGAAGAAAGACUUUCCUAAUGGUAUAGCUGAAUGUGGUGCAGAUGCUCUCCGAUUUGCUCUUGUUACUUAUACAGCUCAGUCUGAUAAAAUAAAUUUGGACAUUCAAAGAGUUGUUGGAUAUCGUCAAUGGUGUAAUAAAUUGUGGAAUGCUGUUCGGUUUGCUAUGAGUAAACUUGAUGUUGAUUAUUCACCACCACAGAGUCAACAUAUAGAAGCUUUGCCUUUUAGCUGCAAGUGGAUACUUUCAGUUCUCAACAAAUCCAUAUCCAGAACCGUUUCGGCAAUGGACUCAUACGAGUUUUCAGAUGCUGCCAGCACAGUGUAUUCAUGGUGGCAAUAUCAAUUUUGUGAUGUUUUCAUUGAAGUAAUCAAGCCUUAUUUUGUUAGGGAUAAUCCAGAAUUUUCCUUUGCAAAUAAAUCUGCACAAGACAUACUUUGGGUCUGUUUGGACAAUGGCUUGCGAUUGCUUCAUCCAUUUAUGCCCUUUGUUACUGAGGAAUUAUGGCAACGUCUUCCACAAGCUACACACCAAAUAAGAAAAGACUCUAUUAUGAUAUCUGAAUAUCCAUCAGCUGUAGAAGCCUGGACAAAUGAACAGGUUGAAUACGAAAUGGAUCUCAUUGAGUCUACCGUGAAGAGUGUAAGGUCUCUGAGAGGUGAGGUGCUUGGCAAACAGAAGAAUGAAAGAUUACCAGCUUUUGCAUUUUGCCAAAGUGAUGCAGUAGCAGAAGUUAUUAGUGGCCAUGAAUUGGAAAUCUUAACUCUUGCAUCCUUAUCUUCUAUACAGGUAUUAGUGAGUGGGAGAGAUGCUCCUCCAGCUGGAUGUGCAUUUGAGAAUGUGAAUGAGAAUUUGAAGGUCUAUAUUCAGGCUCAGGGAAAAGUUGAUAGAGAAGCAGAGCUUUUAAAAGUCAGAAACCAACUCGAAGAGAAGCAAAAGCAAUAUGAAAAAUUGGAGAAGAAGGUGAAUGCGUCGGGCUACAAAGAAAAAGUGCCUGGUAAUAUUCAAGAACAGGACAUGGCAAAGCUGACCACACUUCUUCAAGAACUCGAUUUCUUCAAAAACGAGAGCUCUCGAAUUGAAAAUGAGAUUAAGAAAGAGGGUAACUAGUUUAAAGGCCAAACCCAUUUCCAAGUCCUGCACUUGGGAAGUUUUUUAGUUGCCGUCUCUAUACAAAAUGGUACUCGAGGUCUUGUGCUUGGCAUUUUUUCUCUCCCCAAGUCCUUAGGUGGUAAAUUGCACUGAAAAAUAUCCAGUUUGGUUCUUGGAUAUUUUAUUUUUGUUGAUGAGAUACUUGUAGUUUAUUCUUAACAAUUAAAUACUAUUGAUCAAAUUUUUUAUUUAUAUCAAUUGAGUUUAUGAAGAAUUUAGACA